CCCAACAAUCAACAAUUCAAGCUUGACUUUCCUGCAUCGCAUCACCAACUUCCCCCGCCCCAAUCUACGACGAGCAUCAAUUGCCCCCAAGCCACAGAUCUCCGAGGGAACGCAGCCUUCCAAGAUGGUUUAUACAAUCACUGUGCAUCUGUACGCCAACGACCAGCCCGACUCGGUCGACCGCAUCAAAGCCAAGCUCAUCGAAGCCUCGCGCGUCUACUCAAAGGACCGCGAGACUGUCAGCUGGUUCGUCAUGCAGGAUGUUCAUGACCCCAGAGCCUUCACCAUUGUGGAGCGCUUCGAGACUGAAUAUAGCCAGAAGUACCACCUGGAGAAUCCUUACUGGAAGACGUUUGACCCUUAUGUGGUCCCCCUGCUCGACAGGCCUAUGGAUCUCAGGAGACACGAAGAAUUAGACACGUCCAAGGAUGUCGCGGUCCCUCAGUAAGCCUCAUUAGGACAACGGGACCGCGUCCUGUCUUCUUCAAAAGGCGCCGUCGGCUGUCUCAGUGAGCUGUGGAUGGGCUGUCUCAGCCAGCUGUGGAUGCGCUGUCGUGGCUGGAGACACUCGCUGCCUGUCACACCCAGCCAGCCGUACGACGCAACAAUGCCAAAAUCUGCGUUGAGCCUAUAAUCUUGUGCUCCCAGUUCUGAUGCAAGCAUGGACGUGGCUGCUCGUACGGGAGAUUGAAGACAGCCAUUUCUGUGUACACAGCCAAUUGCAAGCUAUGCCCCUUAAGCCACAAUCCUUCCGACAAGGAUGACUAGUUCACCCGUGAGAAACAUAGUUACUAGUUGUCUGUAAUGGCAGGGGUCGUUCAGCCAUCCAGGGUUUAUUUGGAGUCAAUUGUUCCGCAUCAUCCAUAAACACAGGCUAGACCCUGCUUGCUACACAUAUUUGUGACAAGUUUCCCCAUCGUCUAAUGCU